AUGUUUGAAGUUUCUGGAAUCCCAUACAUCCUGUUGGACAUUACUUGUCUCAUUCUCGUGGGACUUCCCUUCGUCAUCCUCACUCCUCAGCACAGUCCGUUCAAGCGAGGCUUCUUCUGCGAUGACGAUUCCAUCCGCUACCCCCUCAAAGAGGACACAAUUUCCUACCAGCUCCUGGGGGGUGUCAUGAUCCCCUUCACGCUCAUUGUUAUCAUCUGUGGAGAGUGCCUUUCCAUCUACCUGACCCACAUUAAGAGCAAGAUGCUCACCCACAAGUAUGCAGUGUGCAUCUACAAGGCCGUGGGCUGCUACUUGUUUGGGGCUGCGGCCAACCAGUCACUGACGGACAUCGCCAAGUAUUCCGUCGGACGUCUGCGGCCGCACUUUCUGGCCGUGUGCAAGCCGCAGUGGGAUCGCAUCAACUGCAAAGCUGGAAGAUUUGUGGAAAAUUUCACCUGUUCUGGCGAGCAAUUUCUCGUGGAUGAAGCUAGGCUGUCAUUCUUUUCUGGCCAUUCAUCGUUCUCAAUGUACUGCAUGUUAUUUCUGGUUCUGUACAUCCAAGCCAGGCUUAAGGCCAAGUGGGCGAGGCUCCUGCGGCCCACUGUCCAGUUCUUCCUGUUCGCCACCGCUGUCUACGUUGGUCUGACCCGAGUGUCCGAUUAUAAGCACCACUGGAACGACGUGCUUGCCGGCCUCGUGAAUGGUGGCGCUGUGGCCUUCUUUACUGUGUUCUGCGUGUCCAACUUCUUCCAGCAGCCCAUCAAGACGGGCGUGUCCCAGGAGGAAGGAGGCCAACACACCAGUUUACAGCACAGCCCACCCCACUCCAACCACUAUGGCAGCACUGACUGA